UAAACUCAUUAACCAUUUUUAUUAUUAUUUCUUCCCUAUCUUUGCUUUUUAAAAUUCAAACCAUGUUUUGCAUCAAAAGAAUGGAAACUCAUGUUCUGAUGCAAUUCAAUUCUCUUCUCUCCAUAUAAUAGCACAAGACUUCAUCAACAACACCACACCAGCAACAAGAUAAAGAUCUCAGAGCUUGUGACUUGUGACUUGUUUUGUUCCAAUGAGCAUGUUAGGCCUGAGAGACCUAGUUCUCAUAGCUCAAACACCUUCCCUGCACCAACCCCAACCCAUCUCAGAAAACCAAACUCCCAACCUUCCUCUUCCUUCUUCCGCCGCUCUCAGUGUUGGCUUUGGCAUUUUCCCUCUCCUCACUGCCACACCCUGUGUUCCACACCCUCACCAAACCAAUGAGAUUCAAGACUGCGCUGGUGGUGCUGCUGGCAACACCACCACCACCACCACCACCAACUAUUGGAACCUCAAGAUGUGCCCAGAAGUGAAUCCUCCGAAGAAGGGUGUGAUCAACAUGGUUGAUGACGAUGAGGAGGAUGAUGAGGAUGAUGAGAGACAUCAUCAUCAUCAUAAUCAUCAUAAUCACCAUAAGGGUGUGAUGGAGAGCGAAGAAAACGGGAUUUAUGGACCUGACUUUAGGGUGUGUCAAGAUUGUGGCAACAGGGCCAAAAAAGAUUGCAUCUUUAGAAGAUGCAGGACCUGUUGCAAGGGACGUGGAUACGAUUGCAGCACUCACGUGAAGAGCACGUGGGUCCCUUCAAUUCGCCGCCGGGAGCGGGACACGGUGCUUCCUUCCGCCGGUGGCAGUAAGAGGCCAAGAGCUAUAGUGGGGUCCUCACAGAACGCCACUGCCACUUCUCACAGCUCCAACUCCAAUAACGCUACAACACCUAAAAGCUUAGCCACAAUCUCUUCUCACCAAGAUGCGAGCUUCAAACAGUCUUUACCCGGUCAUGUUCGUGCACCUGCAGUGUUCAAGUGUCACAGAGUCUCUGCCAUUGGGAAUGGUGAAGAUGAGUUUGCAUACUUGGCAACGGUGCAUAUCAGUGGCCAUGUCUUCAAAGGGUUUCUCUAUGACCAUGGAGUUGAAGGGAAAAUUGCAAAUGCAGUGCCUUGUGUUUCGGAACUGCAACUGGGAAACAAUUGCAGUGCCAAGAACAGAGAAUGUUCUUCUGCAAUUGGACUUCACAAUAACAACAAUGCAUACCCUGCUUCUGCCACCUGAACAUUUCUUAGCAGGUGAUGGGUGAUGAGUUUGAUGAAAGGAAAGAAGUUGAUUUUGCAGAUUUUCUGGGAAAAGAUCUUAAUUGUGUAAAUUUCUCUUCCAAAAGUGUUUAUAUUCAUGCACAAAGCUUUGAGGGGCCCUUUAAAUUUGGUGUACCAGAUCAGGGACAUCGAUGCUGAGGAAUUUUAAUUCAAGUUUUCAUAUUUUUAUUUAAAGCUUUAUGUCA